AUGCCGGCUCGUUCUUACAUCAUGACGGGGCCCCCAGCGGGGCCAAGGGCACGGACUCCAACACCUGCUGGAAUCAUCAUCAUCAUCAUCGUCGUCGUCGUUGUCAUCAUCGUCAUCGUCGUCAUCGUCCUCGUCGUCGUCAUCGUCAUCGUCGUCGUCAUCGUCCUCAUCAAGCGAAGAAUGCCCUGGCGUUUGAAGGUCCCUCUCAAAGGCACAGCCACGACCGGUCAAAUGUCCCCCCCCGUGCCGUUCCCAUGGGAACGGGAACAGCGGGGGGAGGAAAAAUCCCCCCCGGGACCUGGGGCGGUUUUGGGGCGGUUUUACGGGAUUUUGGGUCUAUUUAGGGAGUGGUUCACGGUGUACGAGCACAACCGGCCCCUGCGCUGCACGGCCUCGGAGCUGGUGAUGGGCAACGAGUACCUGUUCAAGGUGUUCAGCGAGAACCUGUGCGGGCUGAGCGAGAAACCGGGGCUGUCCUGCAACACGGCCGUCAUCCCCAAAGCGGAGCUGCGGCUGAAGCCCCCCCAGUACCAGGAGCACGAUUUCCGCUCGGCGCCGCAGUUCCUGACGCCGCUGGUGGAUCGCAGCGCCGUGGCCGGAUACUCCACCGCCCUCAACUGCGCCGUCAGGGGGCACCCCAAGCCCAAGGUGGUGUGGCUCAAGAACCAGAUGGCCAUCGGGGAUGACCCCAAGUUCCUGGCGCGGCACAGCCAGGGGGUGCUGACGCUGCUGAUCCGCAAGCCGGGGCCCUUCGACGGCGGCACCUACACCUGCAGGGCUGUCAACGAGCUGGGCGAGGCCCUGACCGAGUGCCGCCUCGAAAUUCGGGUGCCCCAGUGAUGGUGACAAAAAAUGAGCCACGGGCCCAUGGUGGUGAGGAAGAAGAGUGUGUGGGUGACGAAGGCCCCAUGAGCCCCAAUAAAAAUAAAGAAUCUGAGCAAUCCCCCAGAGUCUUUGUGCUUCAUUUUGGGGAGGGGGCACCUGAGGAAUCGGGGAGCGCUUUU